AUGACCGGCCACCCCACCUGGUGGACCGACCACUUCCGCUGCCUCAUCUGUCACUCGGUCGCGCACCCGACCGGCCUAUGCCCGAUGCCGGCGGUCCGCGACUGGCACGGCCCUACGCCUAACUCGGAGAACAUCCGACGCCAGAUGAACGCCAUCGCGAACGUCCAAGCCCAAGCGGGCCACGCGGCGGAGGCAGAGGCGGGCGAGGCGCAGGCGGCGGCGGCGGUGGACGCGGGCAAGGACGCGGUCGAGGUGGCCGAGGCCGCGGAGGAGGAACUGCCCCAACAGGCGAUAGAACCACACCUGCACCCAGGAACGCUCGCCCAAACGGUAGGCGGACGAAGGCAUCCCUCCACCUAG